ACAACAAGUAAAAGCAAGUGGAUCGCUCGGCGGAGAGAAAGUAGUCGGUCGGUAUCGAAGAUUGGUAAACCAUGUCCUACGAAGCGGAGUAGCAGACUAGAGCUAUGGAUCCGCGUAACACGUAAUCGUACCAUACGCUCACAGCUUGAUCCUUUUUUUUUGUGCAGUUCCACCCACGAUAGCUCCCUUUAGCUUUAACAAGGACCUCUCGGAAGGUGUGCGUGCUCAGGUAACUUGCAUGGUCGAGAAGGGCGAUCCUCCGUUCACGAUCGGUUGGUCCAAGGACGGGGAGCCGAUCGCCGGACCGGGUCCUCCACUUGGGUUCGGCAACUCCGGCAUAACCGGACUCAGGCACACGCAGACACUCGUCGGGCUGCGCGUAACCAACAUUGACGCCCAUUCCAGUACCAUAGUUAUCGAGCGCGUCAGCGCCGCGCACACCGGCAACUAUACUUGUUUGGCGCGCAAUUCCGUGGCCGAGGUCCUCUGGACGGCCGAAUUGAUCGUUCGUGUGCCACCCCGUUGGGUGAUGGAACCCCAAGAUGUUCGCGCGUCAGAGGGAAUGUCGCGGCUGGUGCUUCACUGUCAUGCGGACGGGUUUCCGCCUCCGGCGGUCACGUGGCGGCGCGCGAGCGGCAAGAAGCCUGGUAAUUAUCGCGACAUUGUCGCCCACGAGCACGCCCAGGACCUCAGGAUACACUCGAACGGUUCGCUGGUGUUCGGUCGAGUGCAAGAGGAUCACGAGGGAUUCUAUUUGUGCGAGGCGGUGAAUGGGAUUGGAGCCGGCCUCAGCAAAGUAGUACAUCUAACCGUGAACGUACCCGCUCAAUUCGUGGAAAGACAUCGCAAUCAAACGGCGAGGUUGGGCUCGAACGCCUCGUUGCGUUGCGAGGCGAAAGGCGAUCAUCCCCUAAAAAUACUUUGGAAAAAGAAUGGUGCGCAGCUGGAGCACAAAUUGUCCGACUACCGUUACACGAUGAAAGAAGAAAACACCACCGAUGGUACGAUCAGCACUCUCGGAUUCAUCAGUACCAGUCGAGAGGACAGCGGGAAGUAUUUGUGUUUUGCGUCCAACACUUAUGGCCGCGACGAGAUGACGAUUCAUCUGUACAUUCAAGAACCGCCCGAUUUCCCACGGAAUCUACACGUGAUCGAGAAAGGCAGCCGGUACAUCAACAUCAGCUGGACGACCAGUCAGGACGGAAACAGCCCGAUAACGCAGUACAUUGUUGAAUAUAAAACUGACACCGAAGUGUGGCACGAUCACACGUUUCACGCGACAGUGCCUGGUACUCAAGCUUACGCGCACGUCACCAGUUUGCGUCCAGCGGUUACUUAUCAGUUCCGAAUAUACGCCGAAAAUGAAUUAGGUCGAAGUCAGGCGAGCGACAUUUUGGAAACAACGACAGAAGGGGAGAAACCAAGCGGUCCGCCGCAAAAUCUCAAGGUGGAUCCUGUCAGCUCGACCGAGUUUAACGUCACCUGGGAUCCACCUAAUCGCGAUUUAUGGAAUGGAGAGAUACUCGGUUAUCACGUUGGUUACAAAGAACAUCGGUUGGCAGCGGACCAAUACACCUACAAGACCGUCGAAAGACGGAUUUCCACGGCCAACCUAGCCUUAGGUUUAGCAAGAACCUCGAUGCCCGGUAGGCAAUAUCAAUUGACAAACUUGAAAAAGUUCACAAGUUACAGCGUGGUGGUACAGGCGUACAACGCGCUUGGCCAAGGUCCCAUGACGCCGGAAGUAGUUGCGACGACUCUCGAAGAUGUACCGAGCAGCCCGCCCCAAGACAUACGCUGCACGGCGCUCUCCUCGCAAUCACUGCAAGUCUCCUGGGACGCGCCGCCUGACUCCAGUUUGAACGGGAUCCUGAAAAGCUACAAAGUCAUAUGGGAGAACAUGGACGCUCUGACAGAGUCCACCAAGCCGGAAAUGAAGAUCACCAGCACCUUGAUUGUCGUAAUUCACGGCCUUGAGAAGUACACAAACUACUCUGUUCAAGUGACGGCUUCCACGAAGGCCGGCGACGGCGUCCCAUCUGCGCCGUUGUAUUGCAUCACCGAGGAGGAUCUGCCAGAGGUGCCGGCGGGUGUGAAGGCGGUCGUCAGUUCCGCGACAUCAAUUAUCGUGUCCUGGCAGCCACCCCUCAGAAGCAACGGGAACAUCACAUCGUACAACGUUCAUAUCCUUGGAGUCGACCCGGAGGGAAAAUGGUACAGGCGGGCGCUUUUGCCGCAUCAAACCAGCUAUCAGGCUGAAAAUUUACACAAGAGGAAGCAGUACGAAUUUAGUAUAGCUGCCGUCACCUCGGUGGGCGAGGGACCGCUCACUCAGCCAAUCAUGGUCUCGCCAUCGAGCGAAGUUCGGGCAGCGAUAUAUUCGUUCGGCACUGUGCUGAUCGUUCCGUGGAAACAAGACGCGACAUUACCGUGCCAAACCGUCGGGAAGCCAGAACCGUCGGUGACGUGGAAACAAUGGGGCCAGAUAGUAAAGUCAUCCGCUAGGGUGUCCUUGUUACCGGAAGGUUCGUUGCAGAUUAUGGAUCUUCACAGGGAGGACAGCGGGAAUUACACGUGCUACGUCGAAAAUCGUCAUGGUUACGAUCAAAUAACGCAUCGUUUAACCGUACAAGUUCCGCCAGCAGCCCCGUCGCUUCAUGCUACCAGCGCUACAAGUAAUUCGAUCAACGUCCAGUGGAAGAACGGCGACGAUGGCGGAGCACCGAUCAGAGGUUACAUCCUCCACUACAAACGAGAGUCUGGCGAAUGGGAAGAGAUGAAAGUAUCGCACAAAAUCAACAGUUUCGUUCUAUCGCGGUUGUGGUGUGGUAACGAUUACCAAAUGUAUCUGACGGCGUACAAUCGGAUCGGUAUGGGCUCGCCUAGCGAAAUCGUGAAAGCCACGACCAAAGGCUCGAAGCCGGAUGACUCGCCGAGCAACGGCGAUAAAUUCGUAACGGUCAACGUCUCCUGGAUAAAUCUUCAUCUAAGCAUGUGGAACGACGGUGGAUGCCCGAUCACUUACUUCGAACUCGAGUACCGUAAGAACGGAGAAGACAUAUGGACGUUGGUAUCGAACAAUAUCGAGGUACAAAAGACGUAUACGCUGAGCGAGCUGCAACCCGGAACGACCUACGACGUCCGAAUAAGAGCGCACAAUAACGCAGGUUUUUCGGUUGCCGAAUAUAGAAUAACGACUUUGCAACCUCACAGCAGUAGCACGGUACCAGCCGUGGAGAUCGAUCACUACAUACCACAGCAUACGUCCGUCUACUCUGAUUUGAAGCUCAUUGUCCCAUUGAUAUUGAGCUCGUUGGCGGUUAUCGCCGCCGCUGGUGCUGUCUUUUAUUGUUUUCGGAAACGUCCGUUUAUAGGGGAAAUCGCGAGUCUCCACGACGCCCAAACCGCGGCGGCCUUAGACAAUAAGCAAAACAUGGAGCAACGCGAGCAGUACUACGCUACGGUGCGCAAGCCGCUUCGCUCGCCGAUACACGAGAUGGCUACCUUGGAAAAGAUUCCAGAAUACUCCGAGGACAUUUACCCGUACGCCACGUUCCAGCUGGAGGAAAGUGUCCCGCCAGGAGGCGAUAGUCGUUGUAAUUCUGCCGCGCCUCUUCAGACCUUCGUCUAUCACGAUCCUCGUCUAUCUACCGCCGACACUCUUCAAUUACGAGAGUCGGAUUGCAACCGGUACACUAAGGUGCGCGGAGGCCGUUCGACCUCUGCGCCGUUGCACAAAACGCACAAAGUCAGUCAGGGCAAGUCCGAGUCGGAGGAAUACGACACCCUGGGCUCGGAUAGCGACACGGAAGUCGGGACCAGCAGCCGAACCGAGUCUUCCAAUCACCUCGUCGAUUCGCACCACUCGGUGUCUGCGGCCGACUCGCGUGUCCACAGUAUGCAAUCUUUCAUCCUUCUACUUCGGUUUACGCCUUCUAUCUUCUAUUUUCUGUCUCUCACUUUCUGAUCUGUCUGGUUGGUUCGAUCCUUUCAAUCUCGCGAUCCUUUCUCGAGAUCCUUUCGUUUUCGGACGAUUCUCCGAGAGGGGAACGAGGGGAGGAGAGGAGCGUCGCGAGAUUUUCCACGCACCGCAAAUACAUACCGCCGGAGGUCCGUUCCCCCGUUGCCUGUUUACGUUCGUUAGAGUGCACCGAAUACAUAUAUGUAUAUGUAUGUGUGUAACCGAGCAUUCGCAAGCUUGUUGUUUGUAACGUGAGACGUCGGAACGAGAUCGGGGAGAGAUAGAACGCUUCGGGGAUGCUUAUACGGCCCUCGUUCGCUCAGGAAAAUCGGCUAAUUUUCUGUUCGCAGACUUCCUGUACCAUGGACCAGAAUCUAGCACGUCUACAGAACCCUCACCGAUUUUUGAGAGAAAAUCGUUUCCUGGAAGGGGACGA